ACGUGUCGUAGUACUAGUAUAGUAACGUUUGCCGGCUUCAUUUCAUAGAGGCAGUAGAACAAACUUCUUGGUUUUUAAAGUUCAUUCAAGGAAUCUAAGAGGGGUAUCAUUGUGCAAGCAUCUGUAACUACAAUCAAAUUUAAAAGUAUUACUUCAAAGUCAUGGAAGGACCCAGCUCAAGUUCCACAGCUACACAACUUGAUACAGAUCCUCAACCAGGGUAUACCGCAAGGGGGCACAAGUUAACACAGGACACUCCUUAUGUUUCGGAAAUAAAAGGAGAACCAGUAGUGCAGGCUACAGAUAGGCAGACAUCCUCUUACCCACCCAAUCAUCCAAGAAAUUCAGUUCACCUGGAGAAGGAUGCGGUGCCAGUCACCACAGAAUGUACAGCUAUCUCAAAAGAAGGAGAUCAAAGGCUUCCCCCUAAAGAAAAUUCAUUUGAAGAACCCAAAGAUGGCUCUAUCAAAAAUUCCCAUGUUGGCUCCCAUAAAGAUUUACCAAAAGUUGAAUGUAUUCCGAACAAUGAUAUUGACAAUGAAGAUUUCCGAGAACCCAAAAACACAUUUUGCACCAGAGAUAAUAAGAGUGAUGACAUUCCAGAGGUAAACACAGGCGAUGAACAGACCUUUGCAACUGAAGAUAAAUCAGUAGAACAAGACCAAAGUCAUCACCAAGCAGAUGAUAUUCCAACCAAUGUUGACCAGGCCUCUUCUUCAAAAAAUUCAAUGAAAAAAGGAGACAGACUCCAUCAAGCCAAGAAUAUUCCUACCAAUAAAGGCUUCAAGGGAAAAAGGAAAAUGGCAUUGAUUGUUUUCAUAAUAAUUAUUAUUAUUGUUUGCUUGGUUUUUCUUGCCAAAGUUGAGCUGCCUAACUCUAUGCCAUGCUCAAACAUUUCACGUGGAGAUUUGAUAGCUAACCCAAAAUUGUGGGGUUUAUACUCCCACUAUAUGAUUUAUAUAGGAGAUGGGGAUGUUGUGCACCGAACAGGCGGAAUACGCGACUGGUUCCACUUUAAAAAAGGAAGAAUCAAAAGGGAAAAGCUUGCCGACAUUGUAUCAGAUAGCUCUAUGUGUACAUUGGUUAUUGAAAAUGGGUCAUGGGAGGGUCAUGAACCACUCCCAGUGGAAGAGAUAAUCAAGAGAGCCCUCUCAGCAAUUGGCCAAGAAGGAUUUAAUCUGUUGUCCAAAAACUGUGAACACUUUGCUCGCGAGUGUCGAUACGGGACACCAGUUAGCAAACAAGCUAACAACCUACGAUUUAUACUGAAAGUCAUCAGAAUAAUUACGUUUAUCGUAAUAGUACUGGUAGUACUCUACUGCUUGCUAUUCGCUAUACGCUAUUUGGCAAAAAAACUUCAAACGAAUACAGACGAUUAA